AUGUCUUACUUCCUUCCCCACCUGCCCUCUGGAUGGCACGUUGACGAGGCGAUCAAAUCUGAAGAGGAUCGCGUCGUGGUGAUCCGUUUCGGCCAUGACUGGGACAGCCAGUGUAUGACGAUGGACGAGACGCUGUACUCUGUUGCAGAGAAAGUGCAAAAUUUUGCUGUGAUCUACCUUGUUGACAUCACGGAGGUGCCGGACUUCAACAAGAUGUACGAGUUGUACGACCCGUGCACGGUCAUGUUCUUCUAUCGCAACAAGCAUAUUAUGAUUGAUCUUGGUACUGGUAAUAAUAACAAAAUAAAUUGGGCGAUGGAUAAUAAACAAGAGUUAAUUGACAUCAUUGAGACUGUAUACCGUGGUGCGUCGAAGGGCCGCGGUCUCGUUGUUUCGCCCAAAGAUUACUCCACCCGCUACAGGUAUUAG